UGCUAGCACGCGACAGAUUUGUUCUCUUAGAGCGGAUUGGAUUGGGACAUUUCUUAGGGCGCCGCACCAGCCGCCGCACCCGCCGCUCCCGUCGGCUGCGAGAGGCCCGUGGCGGCCAUGCGGCGCCCGAUGCGAGCGUCGUCCGGCAGCCGGCGGGCGCGGCGUGCGGAGGGCACCGCGUCCGGCAUGAGCGGCGUGCGGCGGGCGCAGCAACCGGCGCGGGCCCCUAGUCUCCCUUUUGCUGCGGGAGCGGACGACCGGACCUCCUGCGGCCUAGAAUUCUUGUUGCAAAGUCAUCCAAGUAAGACUAGCCAUGCUUCUGAGCGGCCUGCUGGUUCCAGGAUUCGAUCGAUGAGCAUGGCGCACCGGCCGUCGUCGUACCUCAUCAAGCGGCUCUGGGUGCAGGAGGUGCUGCAGCGGCGGUGCGGCCCGGGCACGGAGACCUAUGCGCGGCCGUUGGAGCAGCUCCGGUCCGGGCAGACGAACGCCGACAACGUCGACAGUUGCAGCUACCUCGGGCUCAUCUCGUACCGGCAACCGGAUGCUCGCCAUGGCCGGAGGGGCACAGCUUUUGUGCUGUGCAUCGCGACCCCAAGAGGAGCGGCGCCAUUUUUUGGUUUGUUAAUUUGGUCUGUAGGGGCGGGUGAGCCCCUCACCCGUCCUUAGAAAUCGAUUUCUAAGGGCGGAUGAGCCCCUCGUCCACUCCUAGAAAUCGAUUUCUAGAAGUGGGUCAGAGGGCGAUCUUGCUAGAGAUGGGUUUCUAGGGGCGGGUUAGGGGUGGUCCGCCCCUAAAAAUGUAUUUUUAUGGGCGGGUCCGUGACCCGCCCCUACAAACAGCUAUUUUAGCUGCGAAAGAUAGGAGUGGAUCCGGCAUCCGCCUUUAAAAAUAUAAUUUUAUCCGUCUCUACAAA